UUACACACUCGCUUUACACCCCUAAAUAUAUGUCACAACUCUACACCUAUUAUUCGCAAAUACAAACACACAGAAAGAGAUCCUCAGCCACAUUUGGUGGGAAACCUUUGAAAUCAUUGAUGCUGACUAAUUGGAGAGAAAGGAAUGGACAGAAUGAUUGAAAAGAUCACUGGCUUCAUGGCUCCUGGUCUGUAAAACAUUCCUUUUGCAGAGGAGGGAUUCACUCUUUCAUGGAAGGAUAACUGAAGCUAAUCUUCUGCUUAUUAUAUCCGUGACCUGUUGCUUGAGUGACAUUGACAUUGAGAUGUUCCACAAGAGACUUGCAUCUUGAGGAACAAGGAACUGGUUAUAAAAUAUCACUUUAACAUUUCUUUUUUUUUUUUUGUCUCCUUUUCUUUUUUUCGUGGUUUGGACACUGAGAAAGCUGUGGGAAGUACAACUUGCAAAUUGUUUUGCAAGCCCAUUAAGAUAAAGUAUUAUCUCCACUGUUGUUUAUUUACACUCACUGUUUGGAGGAGAGAAUAUUUAAGUCAUGAGUACAGCCAGAAUGGAAAAUCCAGUGAUUCUGGGACUGUCGAAUCAAAAUGGCCAAAUGCGAGGCUCUGUGAAGCCAGCAGGUGGUCCUGGAGGAGGUGGAGGGGGGUCCCAAACAACGCUGCCAGCCCAGGUCAAACCCUCCAGCACAGUCAACAACGGCGACUCCCAGCCUGCACCCACAGCCAACACUAUCAUCAAGCCUGGGGAUGACUGGAAGAAGAAUCUAAAGCUUCCUCCAAAGGAUUUGCGCAUGAGAACUUCAGAUGUGACGGCAACCAAGGGAAACGAGUUUGAGGAUUAUUGCCUGAAACGGGAGCUGCUUAUGGGCAUCUUUGAAAUGGGCUGGGAGAAACCGUCACCCAUACAGGAGGAGAGCAUUCCCAUUGCGUUGUCUGGGAGGGACAUUCUGGCCAGAGCCAAGAACGGCACAGGAAAAAGUGGCGCCUACCUCAUUCCCUUACUUGAACGCAUUGACCUGAAGAAAGAUAGCAUACAAGCGGUGGUUGUUGUGCCCACUAGAGAACUGGCUCUACAGGUGAGCCAGAUAUGUAUUCAGGUCAGCAAACACAUGGGCGGGGUCAAGGUCAUGGCAACAACAGGUGGAACCAACCUUCGUGAUGACAUCAUGAGACUUGAUGAAACAGUGCAUGUUGUCAUUGCCACUCCAGGAAGAAUCUUAGACCUCAUCAAAAAGGGAGUGGCCAAAGUCAAUCAAGUUCAGAUGAUCGUGUUGGAUGAGGCAGAUAAGCUCCUGUCACAGGACUUUGUACAGAUGAUGGAGGAGCUUCUGAACUGUUUGGCCAAACAAAGGCAAAUUUUGCUGUAUUCUGCCACCUUCCCACUGAGUGUGCAGAAGUUCAUGAACACCCAUCUGCAGAAGCCCUAUGAGAUAAACCUGAUGGAUGAGCUGACCCUGAAGGGGGUUACUCAGUAUUACGCCUAUGUAACCGAAAGGCAGAAAGUCCAUUGCCUUAAUACUCUGUUCUCCAGGCUCCAGAUCAAUCAGUCUAUAAUCUUCUGCAAUUCAUCACAGCGAGUGGAGCUCCUGGCAAAGAAGAUCUCUCAGCUUGGAUACUCCUGUUUCUACAUUCACGCCAAGAUGAGACAGGAACACAGAAACCGUGUGUUCCACGAUUUCAGAAAUGGCUUAUGUCGAAAUCUCGUCUGCACUGAUCUCUUCACAAGAGGAAUUGAUAUACAAGCUGUGAAUGUGGUGAUCAACUUUGAUUUCCCCAAACUUGGGGAGACGUACCUCCAUCGUAUUGGCAGAUCUGGCCGAUUUGGACACUUGGGUCUCGCCAUUAACUUGAUCACUUACGAUGACCGCUUCAACCUGAAAGGUAUUGAAGAACAGCUGGGUACCGAAAUCAAGCCCAUUCCCAGCAGUAUUGAUAAGAGUCUAUAUGUGGCCGAGUAUCACAGUGAAAGUGGAGAGGAGGUUAAACUGUGAGCAGGAGAGAUCACCAGUCCUUUGUCCCCUAUCCCCACCUUUUUUUCCCUUCCCUACCGUGUCUAGGGAAUAGGGGAUAUUUUUUAGUUUGUUUAAACUAUAUAUCUUCUGUCUGUCUUCCUUUUCCCACACUUUUUUUUUUUUCU